AAGAUUUUAGCGAGUGCCAUCGGUAGAAUUUUUCUGUGUUGUGCCCUGAUGUCUUACAUGUCUUCCUUGAGUCACGCUUCACCUCUGCGAGAAACGAAAGAAAUAAUGGAUAACCCUGAGCUGACCGCCAUCAGGAAAGAACGACUGAUGCAGAGAACGCAAGAUGCUCACACAAAGGUCUCCAAGGAUAUUGCCGAGCGUCUGAAAAAGUUUAAGGACGAAACAGGAAAGGUGCAUAGUGGAUCAGAAAGCGAGGACCCUGCAAAAGACUCUGGGAUAUACAAGCAUCUACGAAGAAGGCUUUCCUCGUUGGAGUCAAGUCUCACCAGGCUGGAAAACAGAGUGGACCGAUCUAAAGUCCGAUGUCACGAAAGAAACACCAACUGGGAUGCGAGGUCCAAUGCCCCCAUAAUGUAUCUCGACAGGCAAAAUGUUAAGUGCCCCUCUGACUAUUUCUUGGCCAGUUUUCACCUGAUAAGAUGGGCAUACUAUAAAGAUGCGAAGGUUCGAUACAACUACCGCUGUUGUAAAUUCGUUCUGUAAAUUAGAGAACGUUGU